GGGGCGGGGACAACACUAACCGUGACCGACAGCAUCCAGCCCUGCUGUGGAUGAGAGGAUAGAAGCCGCCCCGCCUUUCAUACAACACAACGUCGCAGACACUAAUUAGUAACAAUUAACGAUAGUCGCUUUGAGUACAAGAAGUAGGCUAACUUUUAAAUCUGUUAGGUUGUUAUUUUUUGUUAUUUAUUUUUUUACAUGUGAUGUGGCGCGUGACAGAAAGGACGCCCGAGCAGCAACCUGUCAACUACAAUUUGAGAUUUGGAAGGUUGUAACAGUAGUAUAUCCCUGCAGCAGCCAAGUUACGCGCAGAAUAGCGUUAUUCAGCCGAGGCUCUACGAGGACUACUGCACAUCUCACUGGAGAGUCUCUUCGCUUCUAAAAAACAACCAAACGAGGAUAAACAAGAGAAACUGAGGUGUAGCAUCUCAAGUGUUGUGGCUCUGCUGUGAUAAAUGUCAGCCUGUCCUGAUAUUUGUAUGGGUUUUUCUUCUCAACCAAAGAUCUCCCUUGGCGGACUGAACAAACGAGUCCACUCUAACAGAGCUACGCCUGUCCUCACUCUACUUGUGGUCUGACGGCACUCACCGGCAUCAAAGGAGCAGAGCCCCAGCAACGCCACAACCCUGGCUAUGAUGCAGGAGCCGCAGGAGGUGGUGGAGGAGACGGUCACCAUAGAGGAGGACCCCGGCACCCCCACCUCCCACGUCUCUGUGGUCACCUCUGAUGACGGCACCACACGCCGCACAGAAACCAAGGAUAUCUCAUCUAACGUGAAGGUGACCAAAGUGGUCAAAACCAUCACCCGCCGCACCUAUCAUCCAGUGACGCUGACUGACAACUUGUUAGAGUCCAGGCCUGCCACCCGGACCCCCACCCCGGUCUCCAUCUCGCCCCCCAGCACAUCGGAGACAGAACCAGUGACUAAGAUGGUGAAGACGGUGACCACGCGGACAGUGCGCCAGGUGCCCCUGGGCCCCGAUGGCUUGCCCCUGCCCGAGGGCUCGUCUCCACUAGGCAACUACACCGACUCCAUUGACCGGCGAUACAUGAAGAAUGGAGGCUUCAUCACGCCUCAAGCAACCUCCACCCUGACGCGCUCCUACAACAACUCCUACAACGAUUCAUACGGCGAGACCCCCGAGAGCCAGUACGUCCGCCACUACGGCCUGCACGAUGGCUACGCCGAUUUGACGGACAACUACGGCAGCCUGUCACGCGGCGUCAACUUCCGGCCACCGCGCUACCCCUACCUGCCCAAUAGCUACCGGCCGGAGAACAGCUACACGCUGCCUAUUCGUAAGGAUGACUACGGCCAUGUGGCCCAGCCCCAGGUGCCUAUGGGUAACAGCACUGUUGACCUGAACCGCUCGCAGCCCGAGCGCUUCCAGCCCGAGCCGUAUGGCCUGGAGGAUGAUCGCCGCAGCUUGGGCCCUGAAGAGGAGGAGCCGUACGAGCUGGAGCCCGACUACUCCACCGCAAACCGCCGCACCCUGCAGGGGGCCAACCGGGGUCGCACCCACCGGGAACCUCUUCGUGAUGUGCCCCGAGUCAGAGGGUACCCAGACGAAGCCAUCGAGGCAGAGCUGAUUGAUGAGCGCCACCCCUACAUCCAUGGCAUGUAUUCAGCGCCGCUGGCCCAGCCCGAGAGGGGGAGCAUGGCCAGUCUGGACCGCAUGGGCGGCCGGCGCUCGCCGUCCAUCGACAGCAUCCGCAAAGACCCGCGCUGGCGUGACCCAGACCUCCCCGAGGUGAUCGCCAUGCUGGGCCACCCCAUUGACCCAGUCAAGUCCAACGCCGCCGCCUACCUGCAGCACCUGUGCUACGAAAAUGACAAGAUUAAGAAGGAUGUGCGUCAGCUGAAGGGCAUUCCUGUUCUGGUGGGGCUUCUGGACCACCCCAAAUCCGAAGUCCACCGCAAGGCUUGCGGCGCCCUGCGCAACAUCUCCUACGGCAAGGACAACGACAACAAGGUGGCCAUUAAGAACUGUGACGGCAUCCCGGCCCUCGUGCGCCUGCUGAGGAAGACCAAUGACAUGGAGGUUCGAGAGCUCAUCACCGGAACCUUGUGGAACCUGUCGUCCUACGAACCCCUGAAGAUGGUGAUCAUCAACCACGGCCUGCAGACCCUGACCAAUGAGGUCAUCAUCCCCCACUCGGGGUGGGAGCACGAGCCAAACGAGGACUCGAAGCCCCGCGACGCCGAGUGGACCACCGUCUUUAAGAACACCUCCGGCUGCCUCAGAAAUGUGAGCUCAGACGGGGCAGAGGCUCGCCGCAGACUGAGGGAAUGCGAGGGAUUGGUGGACGCCCUGCUGCACGCGCUCCAAUCAGCUGUAGGGAAGAAAGACAUGGACAAUAAGUCUGUGGAGAACUGUGUUUGUAUUAUGAGGAACCUGUCCUACCACGUCCACAAAGAGGUGCCAGGGGCCGAAAAGUUCCAGGACCCCUCGGCGCUGCAGGCCCCUGGCUCGGCAGGACCACAGAGGAAGAAAAAGGACGAUGCCGGCUGCUUCGGAGGCAAGAAGGCCAAAGGCAGGAAAAACGGUGACGACAAAAACUACGACACAUUGGAUCUGCCCAAGCGCUCCGAGCCGUCAAAAGGCUUUGAGCUGCUGUAUCAGCCAGAAGUGGUGAGGCUCUACCUAUCUCUGCUGACUGAGAGCCAGAACUACAACACCCUGGAGGCCGCUGCUGGGGCUCUGCAAAACCUCAGUGCUGGACAGUGGACCUGGUCCAACUACAUCAGAGCCACGGUGCGUAAGGAGAAAGGUCUUCCCAUCCUGGUGGAGCUGCUGCGCUCCGACUCGGACAAGGUGGUCCGAGCUGUGUCCAUCGCCCUGCGCAACCUGUCCAUCGACCGCCGCAACAAGGACCUGAUCGGAAGUUAUGCCAUGCGGGACUUGGUGAGCAACCUGCCCAGCGGUCAACAGCGGCCAGCCAAAAACCUGGAGGAGGACACUGUGGUGGCCAUCCUCAACACCAUCCAUGAGAUUGUCACAGACAGCUCUGAAAACGCCCGCUCUCUCGCCCAGGCUCAGGCCAUUGAGAAGCUGGUCGCCAUCAACAGGACCAGCCAAUCAGCUCGCGAAACCAAGGCGGCAUCCCACGUGCUGCAGACGGUCUGGAGUUAUAAGGAGCUGAGGAACGCUUUGACCAAGGACGGCUGGAACAAAAGCCACUUCCAGCCCACAGUGACAGCCACCCCUAAAGCAACCAAGAACGGCAAGCCAGGCUACGAUGACACCACCCUACCCCUGAUGGAGAAGAACCAGGAUGGUUACUCCACCAUUGACCAGAAGGACAAGGACUGCAAAUACAAGACAGUGGACAGCUCAGUGGACCAGACAGAACGGGAGCCAUUAAAGAAUGACACAAAUAGGAAACACUAUAUCAGGAGUAACAGGCCUGCGGUCAGUCUGGUGGACGCUUGUGAUGUUAAGCCCCAGCCUGUUGACUCCUGGGUCUAAAUGCAUGCAUGGCUUAAAGUAACGCCAUCCCAGCUAGAGGACAACCUCUCAUAUCACCACUGCCAUUUCACACGGAGCUCAUCUUUGGAGUUGGACUUUGUACAGAAAAGAGGAUUUAAAAAUAAAUAAAAAUACUGAUCACGGCAGCAACUACCCAGCAGCAGCCAACAUUCUCAUGCUUUUCAGAAGAAGAAAAAAAAGAAGAAAAAAAAAACUACUCCUGCUACUUUUUCAUAACUACAUUCCCACUGGACAUCAUGUGAAUUUUUACAGUGUUGACUCUUGUUGAGCUCUACCGGUUACAAGAAGCAGACAGAGGCCGGUGCUGGUGAAGGAAUGGAGGACGUAUGGAGGGCGAUCAGAUGCGAGGGGAAGGAAGGUAAUAGAAGAAAGGAACCUGUUGGAAGGAAAGCUGUGGGAAAAGAGAUGCAAAAUGAAUGUUUUUCAUUUCCGUUUUCACAUCUGGAAGAAGUCCAUGCCUGAACUUUGUGUUUUUUGUUUUUUUUAGAGAACUUGACUUACAGUUUGUUGUCAAGCUUUGGUAUUUUGAUGUGAAACAGGUAUGGACCGGUGUGUUAAGAGGGUCACGGAACGUUUGUUUUCAGAUUGGUGGGAUGGACACAAGAAAGUAAAAAGAGAGAGAGAGAGAGAGAGAAAGCGAGCCCAGGAGGAGCUAUAGCAUAGUGGAUAAACAUGGACACUCAGCAGUCUGCUCUCAUAGACUUAUAUUUGGUUCACUGUGUUUUAUUUCGAGAGAGAGAAAAAAAAUGCACUGAGAUGCUUUGAAAUCAAAAGUGGUGAACAAGGAAUUGAGACUAAAGUGAGGGGUCUGCACGUUGAGGUCUGGAGAAGGGAAAGUGACAUAGUGUGUACAUCGGACCAAGUAACCGUUUGUUUUCACGCUGCAUCGCAAAAGCAUCGUGGUCAUCGUGUUGACCCUCACUCACGGAGCUGUGGUUACUAGGGUAACCACUCAGGUUGUGUAGCGACAGUUUGGUGUGUUUCCUGGCUGGUUGCUCUUCGUCAGUGAUGUGUAUUAAAGAGGAUUUACGGCAUUUUGUUUAUAAAUGAUGUUUGAUUUUUUAAAGAGAGGAGUAAGAUUGUUCUCUUGUUGAAAGGAUAGAUCUAAAAGCAUUUUUUUUUGGGGUGGGGGGGGAUAUAUAAAUGUAUAUUGGGGUCAAAAAGGAAAAUAAAAAUGGUAAAAUGAAGUAGAAAAACAUACAUAAAAAUGACCGACUUAGUUGUAUAUUAAUAUCACAUUGUUUGGAAAGCACAUUUCAUUUGAUAAAGGAUCACCACGUUUGUAAACACGAAAUAACCACGUAACUUAAAUGUGUGUCAGACGUUGUCGAGUUACGCGGCGAUCACCUAUUUAUAUUUUGUAUUUGUCACAGCAAAAAAAAAAAAGUUUAUCUGCAGUGUUCUUUCUAAAGGUGAUGAAGUACCUACACGGUGUGGGACAGCCCCUGCAUCUCCGAAACCAGACACUCUGGACGGGUGGGGGGGUCAAAGGUCAGACAGAGAUUUGACGGGAUAGACCGGAAACGGCAGUGUUAAUAAGAAGAGUUCCUUCAUUUUUCUUCUUCUCGAUGCAUUCAGAACCCGAGUUACCGCCGAAACCCUGAUCCCUCCUUCUCCGGGGUGCGUUUUAAAGAGAAAUAUUCAGUCAGUGAGCAUGAAGAAAAACUGUACAGAUGUUUAUAUUCUAUUCUUUCCAAGUGCCAGUUUUUGUGGUGUCAUUUGGAUAGUAACUAAUUCAUUCAUGUGCAAGGAGAGAGUACAGGGAGGACGAGUGGAUGUGGAUGUACAAGGCCAAAAUAAUAGAAUUGCAUCACACUGUACAAAACAAAAAACAUCAUGUUUGGUCAUAUAGUAUAUAUUUUUACAACGCUUUAGGGGGUGGGGGGCAGUUGAGAUAAAGAAAAGCAGAUAAGAGAUACAGAAUCCUAUUACUACUUUCUCUUGCUCGGUGAGACUGCACACUCAACCCAGUGAGAAUGGGUCCGGUCUCCCUUUUUCCAGCCCCAGUCCGUCAGGGAGGCAGAAAGAGGAUCCAGUCCGAGUCGGUAUCACUCAUGCGUCAUCAAGGCAAAUGGCAUGUGCCUGCAUUGAAGUCCGAUUUUUUUUUUUCUUUGUGGCGUAUGUGACUUUAUAAAGCUUGCAUAUUUUACACAGUGUUUACAAAGAUGUAUGUUGUGGUAAAAAUCAAUAAACUACACGAAAAAAAAACUUACUGUAUAAAUUUUAAUUUUCAGAAGUUAAAAAAAAAAAAAGUUAUAACAAUACCCAGAAUCCCUUUUGUGUGUCCUCAGAAGUGUGUGAUUUCAUUGGACAAUACUGAACCCUUGCAACAAAGACCCAUACGACUGUCUAUUCCUGACUGCACGUGGCAGUACCACAACCAAAGGAUCUGGAGGUGUAUUUACAUGCAUUCAAAAGUGGGAGGGGGGGGGGGGGUGUACAGCAUGUUGUACAUUUACAAAUGAAAGAGCCAAGCAAACUGUGCUGUAAAAGAAAUGCAGGACACGGACAUGCAUCGAAUCAAACAAGCCUACCUGUGUCAAUAGAACUGAUUCAAGACCGUCAAAAUAAAGUAACUGUACUACUCAGUAGCAGAUGUGUUUGUACCUAUCAUGUGCCUUAACCUUUUCCAUGCUAGAUAAAAGAUAAGUGUGUUUUAUAUAACUCUAUUCCUUCCUUUCAACUGGCAUCUCGUCAUUCUGUCUGUUCACCUCUCCCCCUUCACAUCCUGUGUCACCCUCCCUUUUUCCUCCACUCAACUCACUCAUUCAUUCAUUCAUCCUGCACUCCCUCCCUAACCCUCUCCCCCCCUUCCCAAAACCCUAAGUAGUAUAGACUGUUGGUGGGUUUCUGCCUUGUAUUACAUUGUAUUAUAACCUUUUAAAAAGAUAGUCAUUCAAAAUAAGGGUUUUGAUUUCUUAGAGGAGUAAAGUUGUUAAUGCUUUCGUAGCGAGCAGAAGCGAUGCCACAGUGACAGAAUGUAUCAUGUUAAUUUUACUAAUACCCAGAGGCAAAUAUUACGCUUGUUAAACAUAACGGAAAAAUACUGGUUUGUAGAGUAUAAAUUUGGUGUGUUUUCAAUAAAUCAUGCCUGGAAAGAAGGUG